AUGCUGAACGCAUGUAAAAUGGACGAGCGAAAAAGCGUUGGUCCGUUACGCCAUAUCAAGGAUGCGCUGCAUAGAUCUUACCUCCAAAAUGGUGUUCGCGGUCUGAUUAACGAAUUGGAGUUCCACAUGUACGCAGAGGAUGUCACGUCGAGAUACUCAGCCCCCAAUCUCGAAGCACAGAAGAAAGUGGCGGAUUUGCGACGCCCGGCCGAGUGGUAUCCACAAGCUCGCGCUUUGCAGCGAACAAUUCAUCUGCACGUGGGACCGACCAAUUCGGGAAAGACGUAUCACGCGCUCAAGCGUUUGGAAGCAUCGAAGCGCGGCUUUUACGCUGGGCCCUUGAGGUUGCUGGCACAGGAGGUUUUUCAUCGCUUCCAAGCGAAUGGAACCUCCUGCAGCCUCAUCACUGGUGACGAUGUCAAGAUCCCGGAAGAUGGAAAGCCCUCCAGAAUUGUUAGCAACACCGUUGAGAUGGUUAGCUUGGGAGACCAAUAUGAGGUCGGUGUUGUUGACGAGAUCCAAAUGAUUGCAGACCCUCACCGCGGGUGGGCUUGGACUCGUGCCGUGCUCGGUGCGCGUGCCACGGAACUUCAUCUCUGCGGUGAAGUCAGAGCUGUGCCCUUGAUCAAAGAAUUGGCCGCCUUGACUGGCGACAAGCUCGAGAUCCAUCGGUAUGAGCGACUAAAUCCGUUGAAAGUUCAGAACCGCAGUCUCAAAGGUGACCUGAAGAAUCUUCAAAAGGGAGAUUGUUUGGUGUCAUUCUCUCGCGUCGGUAUCCACGCCUUGAAAGCAGACAUUGAGAAGACUACUGGAAAGCGGGCAGCUAUCGUCUACGGCAGUCUGCCGGCUGAAAUCCGGACCCAGCAAGCCAGUCUGUUCAACGACCCCGACAAUGACUACGACUUUCUCGUUGCUAGUGACGCCAUCGGUAUGGGUUUGAAUUUGAGCUGCAAGCGCAUCAUUUUCGAAACGUUGAUCAAACGGGUUCCCGGGGGCCUUCAGAGACUUAGCGUGCCUGAGAUCAAGCAGAUCGGUGGACGCGCUGGACGGUAUCGGUCUGCCGCGCAACAGCAGGAGAAUGGAAGCAGCUCCGAGGACGACACCAACGUCGGCUAUGUGACUUCUUUGGAAGAUAUUGAUUUACCUUAUAUUCGCGAGGCAAUGGAGAGCGAACCCCCACCGCUCGUGUCAGCCGGUAUCCUCCCUCCCGACUCGGUCUACCAGAAAGUUGCAGCAUACUUCCCGAGCAAUGUUCCGCUAGAAUACUUGAUCAAGCGCUUGAUGGUGGUUUCCCAGGUCCACCCGCUGUUUUUCUUGUGUGAUCCUCGCAACCAGCUGGAGAACGCCGAGGUCAUUGAUACUGUCGAUGGAUUGCGGACGGCAGACCAGCUUACAUUCAUGGCCUCGCCUAUGCACACCAGGCUCAUCGCAGGCCGCGACGCUGCCAUUGCUUUUAUUCAAUGCGUCGCAGAGCAUUCCGAUGGUCGUCUGUUAGACAUCCAGGCGCUCAACCUUGAGAUCUUGGAAGAGCCGGUGUCCGGUAACAAGGAGUACCUUAACGAGCUAGAGACCUUGCACAAAUCGGUCAUCUUGUAUCUGUGGCUCAGUUACCGGUGUGGCGGAGUUUUCACGGACAGAACAUUGGCGUCCCAUGUCAAGCAGCUGGUGGAGGAGAGGAUGGUUCGAGCAUUGACCGAAUUUUCGGCCAACAAGAAACUCAGAAAGGAUGCCUCUCUUCGACGUCAGAUUGCGCUGCAGAAGCAGAUUCAGGAGCAGAAACGGCUGCUCGCCGACGCAGAUGUUGACUCAUAUGGCACUGAAGAUGAAACUGCCGCCGUUGAUCUGUCCGCUGACGAAGAGCAGAUGGAAGAGCAGCUGCAAGAGCGGCCUGAAGAGUCUGGAGAAGCUCCCCAAGCGCGCGCUGCAUAG